GCUGAUUUCUCCUGCAAGAGAAAUCCCGGCGUGCCCUCCCCACGCGCCCACAGGAAUGCUGCCACCAGCACUGGUUCCGGCUGUCCCCGUCGCGCCCUUCCGAGAUGGACAGCGAGAACGUGAACGGCGAGGAUCAGCCACGCUCACAGCACCACAGGCAGCACCUGCCAGCGUUUUGGUUUAUUUUGCAUUUGCACUGCAGGAUUUGGAGACUCUCCACCUUACCUUGAAAUCAGGGCGCCUUUGGGAAGAUGCUGCACAGAGAGAGCUGGUCCAUCCCCCCCAAAUCUGGGAGCCUGAAAUGAGACAAGGCGGGCAGGCGAGGGGGUCAUGUCCUCCUGCUGAUAAAAAGCUGGCACAGUCUGCACUCUGAGCCCAGCCCGAUGAGCUCUCCUCAGCCCUGAGGAGCAUGAUGAACCCUGGGCUGUUUGCCACAGAUUUGGCACAGCUGGGCUGGGGGGCAGAGCUUUGCCUGGGGGAGACAGGACAGGGCUGGCUCCAGCAGCAGCAAAGAAGCAGCUCUGUAAUUAGUGCCCUGGUCACCUCCGUCCCUGUCCCAGUGCAGCUCCUCCUUGUCCCUGGCCGAGCCCUGCUGCAGGUGGCAAGGCAAAAACCUCCCCUGCGCUCCGUGCUGAGGGGCAGCAGCACCCGUCAGCUGCUGGUUAAGCAAAGCUUAACCUGGACCGUGCUUUUGCCACCACAGCUCUCAGCCCAGGUUCUGCUCGGCACUGCAAGCCUCUGCGGGUGCCCAGUGCUCAGGUCAGACGUGCCAAAGCAAAGGGCCCUUCAGGCGGCCAGGGCUGCUGCCCCGGCCAUCCCAGGAACACGCUGAGCAGUCAAAAGAGGAGCGGGGCCACUUCCAAAAAGAGCUCCUGAGGCAGGGGCCUGGGGUUCAGCUGAAGGAUGUCCCAGAGAACGGGGUGCAGAGGGCAGAAGAGCACUGAAAGGGCUCUCGGGAUGUGACGUUUAUCUCCGGGACAUCUCCCCAGGCGCGCCGCCCCUCUCCCGUUGGGGUCCGACACCACUGAAUGUUGCUGACAGCCCGCCACUGCCCUCGCCCCUGCUCCUGCCAGACAGGGUGGGGAUGCUGAGCGCUGGCUGCUGCUCGGCUCCCUCCCUAGCCCGGAGGAGUGGAAGGUUUGGGCUGCGCUCAGGCAAAGCAGGGGAUGUUUGUUUGGUUCCCUUGGUUACUGCACUGCCUGCUCCAGUAAUCACAUUUUCCUUGUGCCGGCUGGGCCAAGAGCUGCAGAGAGGAAAUGCGGAACAAGUGAGGCCGAACACCAGCCUGGGAACAGCCAGGGUCACUAGCCGUGGCCCCUCCGUGGCGUUUGGGUCCUACCUGCUGGGGGUACCCAGCCCCCAAGGGAUGCACCAGCUCCUGGGAUGCAGCACCAGGCUCACUUCUGCUUUCCUUCAGCAACUGCCCAAGGGCUCUGUCGUUCCCGUGCGAGCCAGGGACACAAGCACCGGCGCUGAACUGCAGGAGGAAUUACAGGAAUGAAAAUGUUUGUGCAGGCAGAAGCCAAGCUGGCUGUGCAAGCAGGGGAUGUGAGCGCGGGAGCCUGCGAGCGUGGGUGCGGCUGUAUUUAUAGCGACGGUGGCGGCAGGGGUGGCAGCAGGGCAAGAAAGAUGAAUUCCGAACAUGUGCAAACCGUGGCUGAUCUCACAUCAACACCCUUUCCCCCCUCGAUAAUUUACUUCAGCAGCAGUGAAAGCAGCAUGCGGCCUCCCAGCUCCUAGCUGCCCUGAAUCUCAGAAGUGAGGUCUGAGGCUCCGGCACAGCGAGUGCUGGUGGUGCUGCCACUCCAGCGUGUCACAGCCACUCACGGUGACCAGAUCACUGUGCAGCAGCAAAGCGGAGCAGAAGGGAAUCACCUAAGCUCCAGCACAGCAGCGCCAUGUGAGCUGGGACGGGCAGGAGGGCUCGGACAGUCCCGCCUGGCCUGACCCUCCUUGCCUUCCUCCCCAGCCGACAUGGAGCAGGGGCAGCGCAGCCUGGACACGGAGCAGAUGCAGCAGCAGCAGCUGAAACUACGGGAGCGGCAGAAGUUCUUUGAGGAGGUUUUCCAGCACGACGUAGAUUUCUUCUUCCCUGUGUCUCACCUGCAGAUAGAGCAUCGGAGACCCCCCUUAGGCAGCAUUUCCUCCAUGGAGGUGAACGUGGACAUGCUGGAGCAGAUGGACAUGAUGGACCUGUCAGACCAGGACACCGUGGACGUGUUUCUGGGCUGCGGGACAGAGGAGAGCAGCGGCUCUGGGCCCCUGCCAGGGGCGGACGCCAGCCAGUGCGCAGAGGAAAUCACCCUACCAGUGCCCAGCGCAGCCGCGACCAAGUCACGCAUUUCCUCCACGUCGUCCGUCUCCACGGAUCCCAACAGCUUGGACACCAGCGAGGAGGGGGCCGAGACCCCCGUGGUGCAGUCGGACGAGGAGGACCUGCAGGAGGACAGUCCUAAAGAGCAGGCGGCCAGAAGCUAGCAGCCAGCUCUGCCCCGCUCCCAGCCUCCUCCGUACGGACCUGCCAGCCUGGAGGAAGGAAGGCUGCUGGCACUCUAAACCCCAUCCUGGACUGCUGCCCUGCAGGAGAGGGGAGAUGUUUCCCCCCGCCUCUCCCUCCACAGGUUCUCCUGGCAGCCAAGGGAGAAGGAAAGGGGUGUUGUUAGGCUCCCAAAAUUAACUCUUCAGGCUUCGCUGCUAACACUCCCUGCUUCAUUCCCCCCCCGCCCGAACGCUCAGCAUCCCACAGUCCCACACCGUUCCCAGAAAGCCGUCCCUUGGGAUCCCAGCCCCCCCGGUCCCACUGACAAGGAUCCUUUCCGAACAAGCAUUUAGCAACAGCAGACACAAAAAUAACACUCCUGUCUAACCCA